AUGGUCUUCUACCCUGAGAAAUGGGUGCCCGAACUCCCAGAGAUCCCUGACAAUGUUCCCAUAUGCGAUUUCAUGUUGGAUGAGCAAUACGGAAGACGUCCCUACUCCGAAUCUUGGGAUACAUACACCUGCGCCUUGAGUGGGAGGUCAAUAACUGCUUCCCAACAGAAGGAGCAUGUUGAAAAGUUAUCCCGCGCAUUGGCCCAGCAAUUCGGGUGGAAAGUUAAUGAAGGAACCGAGUAUGACAAAGUCGUCGGCGUCUUUGCGCUCAACACAAUCGACAUCAUGUCCCUAUCAUGGGCUAUCCAUCGACUGAACGGUGUCUCCUCUCCAGCCAAUGCUGCAUACAACGCGGAUGAGCUAAGGCACCAGUUGACGAAUUCCGGCGCCAAGUUUCUGUUCACCGUCCUGCCCUUACUUCCUGUUGCAUUGGAGGCCGCUGAGAAGUCUGGCAUCUCCAAAGACAAGAUCUUCAUCUGCGAGGUUCCAGGCGAUGGGGAAUACCCAAAAGAGUUCAAGACCCUCUCGCAGUUGGUGAAGGAAGGUGAAUCAGCACCCGAGAUCGAGCCUGUGAAGUGGACCAAGGGCCAGGGCGCACGACAGACCGCAUUUCUAUGCUACUCAAGUGGUACUUCAGGCUUACCGAAAGGUGUGAUGAUAUCUCACAGAAAUGUGAUCGCCAACACAGUCCAAAUCUCUGUAUAUGACAAGCUCGGCCGCGACAAGAUCAGGCCGGGUUAUCAGGACGUUGCCCUCGGUCUACUACCUCAAUCCCAUAUCUACGGCUUAAUCGUCAUCUGCCACGCUUCGACUUACCGCGGAGACCGUGUGAUCGUCCUACCAAAGUUUGACCUGCAGCACUAUCUCACCGCGAUCGAAAAAUAUCAGAUCAACACACUUUACAUCGUGCCGCCUAUCAUCAUUGCCAUGGUCAAGAACCCUCAGCUUCUGAAGAAAUUCGACCUAUCGAGUGUGAGACAGAUCUUCACUGGUGCUGCUCCUCUAGGCAAGGAGACAGCCGAAGAUCUCUCCGCCCAAUACCCUCAAUGGCAAGUCCGACAAGGUUAUGGUCUUACCGAAACGUGUACAGUCGUCUGCUCCACAACGCCUGCAGAUAUUUGGUUUGGAUCGUCGGGUUGUCUCAUUCCAGGCUAUGAGGCCAAGAUCAUGAGUGCAGAAGGUAAUGAGAUCACAGGAUACAACCAAGCAGGAGAACUUCUGGUCAAGUCACCCAGUAUCGUCUUGGGAUAUCUGAAAAACGAGCAGGCCACCAAAGAGACUUUCGUGGACAUGCCUGAGGGUCGGUUCAUGCGGACGGGUGAUGAGGUCGAGAUUCGUAAGUCCCCAAAUGGCAACGAGCACAUUUGGGUUGUCGAUCGCAUAAAGGAGUUGAUUAAAGUCAAGGGUCUACAAGUUGCACCAGCCGAGCUGGAAGCCUGCCUUCUCAACCAUCCGGCCGUGGCUGAUUGUGCUGUGAUCCCCGUUCAAGAUGACAGAGCGGGCGAGUUACCAAAGGCUUUUGUCGUCAAGUCGAACUCGGUAGGAUUAGAGGAAAGCGAAGCCGCCCUGAAACGCAGCAUCAGCAAACACGUUGAGAAGGAGAAGGCUCGGCACAAGUGGCUCGCCGGAGGAAUCGAGUUUAUUGACGUUAUUCCCAAGAGCCCCUCCGGAAAAAUCCUCCGGAGGUUGCUACGCGAUAAAGACCGUGAAAAUAGGCGUAAGGCUGGGCCUAAGUUGUAA